AUGAGUGAGGAGCUGGCUGUGAGCAUGGAAGAAACCUGCGACCCGGAAGAUGCUGCAGCGCCGGGCUUGGCACCUCCUGGCCGCCUGGGGGCGCUAUACUCCGAAGCCUGGGGCUACUUUCACCUGGCCCCAGCGCGCCCCGGGCACGCGUCGGGCUACUGGGCCACCUGCCGGCUGUGCGGAGACCAGGUGAGGUGCAGUCCCAGUUUCCACGCGGGGACGCAGGCGCUGUGGAAGCACCUGAAGAGUGUGCACCGGUGGGAGCUGGAGAAGAGCGGCGCGAGGCACGAGCCACCCGCAGCUCCCUGCGCACCGCCGCCGGCUGCGGCCGCCGAGGGCGACUGGGCACGCCUGCUGGAGCAGAUGGGUGCGCUGGCCUUCCGCGCCAGCCGACGGGAGCGGGAGCUGGAGCGGCGGGAAGCGGCUGUGGAGCAGGGCGAGCGCGCCCUGGAACGGCGGCGGAGAGCACUGCAGGAGGAGGAGCGCGCCGUGGCUCAGGCGCGGCAGCAGCUGCUGGCGGAGCGAGAGGCGCUGCUGCGGGAAGUGAGCCGCAGGGGAUGCAGUUUGGGUGUGGUUCCAGUCCCGCUGCAGAUUCCACUCAAAGAGGAACUGGACAGGGAGAUGGACGACUACAUAAUAACGAAAGUCCUGUAG